UCACUUUGUUUGAUACUAACUAGAAAAUGCUUUUUGUAAAAUCUAAAUAAAUCUAAUUAAUUACAACCAUACCUUUAUAAAAACAAUGUCUGCAGGUCUUUUGGAUAAGGUUUAUAUUGGUUUGGAUAAUGCCCCAACCGCAUUUGAUAUAAAAAAUCGCAUUCUAGGCCCAAAUAGCACAAACUUAGAAUAUAUACGGUCGGAAACAGGAGUUACAGCCUCGUUAAAAGGCGACAAGUUUGAACCGUUGCAUUUAGCGUUGCAUCACACAAGAGCAGAAGCGUUAGCACCCGCGCGAGCUUUGGCACAAAAUUUAAUUGAGACAAUACGUGCUGAAUUGGCGCAAUGGAGUGCUGCUCAUGCGGGCGGGCCGCCACCGUCAUUAAACGUCCCUCCACCGACAUUAACUACAACGAGUGCGUCAAUGUCCGUCCCGCCGCCAGUUGUCUCUGUGUCCUUACCCACACCGUCAACCUUGACAUCUGCUCAACACACAGUAAUUCCUCCGGUAGUGAGUGUUGCACCAGCAACUACACCACUGAUGACUGUGCGUCAACCGACAGUUUUACAGCUUUUACCACAGCAACAGUAUGUGCUUAAUCAAGAAAAUGGGCAGCUAAUACCUAUAGUUCAACCUGGUGUUCAAGUUUCAAACACUAAUUUUACUUCAUUGCCUAUAGCCCAGCCCUUAGGCAUACAGCAGCCUAAUUUUGGUACUACACAAAUUGUUGAUAUAUCAAGUAUGCAGCCUGUUAAUGUGACACAGUUACGAUUGAGUGGAGUGCCAUCUUCCAUGUCGAUGAUACUGCCCAAUGGAUUAUCAUUUCCUCAAGCGAGUUUAUCAACUGCUGAUACAACUACAGUUAGCUCUGCUACAGCAACACCUGUAGUUUGUGCUGCCCCAAGUACAAAUGCCUCACAGAAACUCUUAUACAGCACAGAUAAAGGAGAUAAAGAUGUGAAAUAUCACAUACAAGGGACUGACACUGUGCAGUGGACUGUGCCAGGGUCUCAAACGAUGCUGAUACCAUAUCAACAGCUUCAAGACUUGACAUCUAAUCAAUCAGGUUUAGCUAAUUUGCAGCCACAGCAAUUUGUUUCUAUUGCACCAGCAGGUGGUCUUCCACAAACCUCAUUACCAUUAAGUGCCACACAGUUGCAACAACUUCAGUCUACUGGCACAAUUAUGCAGCUUAAUCAGAAGCCAAUAGUCAGCAGUGGUUCUUUGAUAAAUAUUAUAUCAACUGGACAAGCAUCAUCUCCACAGAUUGCAUCAAAUACAUCUACUUCUACAAAAAAUUUAAGUGGAUCAGAGGCAAGAGGACAGAAGCGACUGUCAGAUGGAACUCCUAAUCAGUUGCAGUUACGCCCUAUAGCACCAGCAGGGUCACAGGACAAGAGUACGGGAAGAGAAUCGCGCGCGUGGACCGCCGCUGCAGCUAGAGACAGUACAGUUGUCAGCAUGGGGAUGAAAAUCAAUCCUGCUCACGGAACCAUUAUUCACGUGUCAUCAGGACAGCAAACAAAUGCGGCAACUUCAGGCGUCUCACAAGACGGCAGCGGGAUGUACAUCCGCCAAAUAGACAGAAACGCUAUACAAAUCCAAGGCAGCAAAGACAACUUGAAACAAGACCUCACAGGGAACAAGGUUCAAAGCGCAGCUCAAAACGUACAAAUGAUAACAGUACCCCCGGGAAUGACUGUACUACAAAAUCCUCUAAACAUCAGUCAAGUACCGACUAUGAUUGGCCAGCCGAACAGCCAAGUGUACAUGAUCCCGGCGAACCAUCCAAACUUGGUCCAAACCGGGGGAUUACCACCAGGAAUUAUAGGGCAACAGGUGUUACAGCCUGGGCAAAAUGUGACGGUUAUGCAACCCAAUCAGCUGAGUGUACCCGGUGGGGUACAGUACAAUGUUCCACUGAUGCCAAUGAAUAUGCAAGGCAGCUCACAGUAUAUGCCCGCUGGUAUAAAUUUAAAUACUCAGUUAUCGGCGCAACAGCUUAACGCAGCUCUCGCGGGACAGCAGCUAACAAAUCCUAAUUUAGCCGUAUCUGGCACCAUACCUAUUGUACAGGCUCCCCCACCUGCCUCACCUAUGACUAAUACUCCUACUAUACCUAUUUCACAACCACCACCGCCCAUCCACCAAAUAGUACCCCAGAACUCCUUCAUGACACCAACUACACAAUUCACAGGAAUUCCUCCCCAAUACAUGAUGCAACCCAAUUCUGGGACACUAACUGUUCCGGGAAAUAAUCCUAAUGUCCAAUAUAAUUUGCCUACCAGUCAACCCACCAAUCCUACCUCGAACAAUGGUAAUGGACAGUCUACUACCACUACUGACAGCACGAAUGGUGCUAAUAAUCAGACAAAUUAUAUCUCGUCUUCUCAAGAUAAUUAUUCUAUAUCAGGCAAUUCAUCUGUACAGAAUCCUGGUCAACAGAGUUUCCCUUCUGCGGUAGACGGUUCGACAACGCAAAGUACAGGCAUUACUCCACAAAAUCAAACUGUUACACCUAAUUAUGGAUCCAACGGUGCAAACCAGACUUCAAGUUAUAAUGUAAAUCAAAACACAUUAUCACAGCCACCGCCUAAUUAUAAUACCAACUCGGCAAAUGCACCGAAUCUACAAUCAAGUAAUCAAAGCUACGGACAAGGAACAUCCACCACACAGAACACUUCACAAAGUAAUUUCUCACCAUCUACAACACUAGCUCCAAACCAAAACUAUCCACCGCCAAAUCUCCCAAACAUGCCCAAUGUCGGUUUUCCUCCUAAUCCAAAUCCACAGAAUCCAUACCCUAACGCAACGGGUCAAAACAUGGCAGCUUAUGCGAAUAAUCAGUACCAGUAUAGCAGUAGACCGUGGUUUCGGCCUCGCUACGGAUCACCCCAAGGGUCACCCUAUAGUUCCGGAGCUGGACCUCCGAACGGCCCACCGAUGCCUCCUCUAGGCAAUUACAAUUAUUGGCAAGACAGUUGAGACCUAGACGAUAUUUAUUGGAAUUUCGUAUAGUUAAGAAAUAAUAUAUGAACUGUGCUAGUGAAAUAUUUCUUACAUUUAAGUAAACUUAAAAA